UAUUUUUUUUCCUUUUCCAGUUAUGAGAGGAGAGCAGAGUCGCAGAAAGAACAAAUAAAAGGAAACAAGAUUCUCAUCCUCCUCAAAUGCCCUUUUACCUUCUUAACAAUGGCGGACGAUCCCUUUCUCUUCACUCAGGAGGAUUUUAUUUUAAAGGUUCCCAAGAAAUCCCCAUUGAUGCUAAGGAUGAUCGUGUUGGUCUUUGCCAUGGUCUGUGGUGUAUUUAUGUGCUCCGUUUGUCUCAAACAAAUUAGCACCAAAUCAAAGGUUGGGUUUCUGAAAGUCCAGGUUAUUGAAAUGCCAUGUUCAAAGCCUUGGAUUGAUCCUUCGGAUGUUCCUUUUGUGCACUUUCCUAAACCUAUAACAUAUAGCAGGGCUGAAUGUGCUUGCCACCCGGUUCGAUUUUUUGCCAUUUUGUCAAUGCAGAGAUCAGGGAGUGGUUGGUUUGAGACAUUAUUGAAUAAUCAUACUAACAUAAGCUCCAAUGGAGAGAUAUUCUCUGUUAAAGUUAGGAGAAGCAAUGUUUCAACCAUUGUUGAAACGUUGGAUAAAGUUUACAAUCUUGAUUGGUUUAGUAGCGCUUCGAAAAAUGAGUGCACCGCUGCUGUUGGUCUUAAGUGGAUGCUUAAUCAGGGGUUGAUGCAGCACCAUGUCGAAAUAGUUGAGUACUUCAAACGUCGCGGGGUAUCUGCCAUUUUCCUAUUCCGAAGAAACCUUCUACGUAGAAUGAUCUCAGUACUUGCAAAUUCUUACGAUCGAGACGCCAAGCUGUUGAAUGGAACCCACAAGUCUCAUGUGCAUUCACAUCAUGAGGCUGAUAUACUCGCAAAAUACAAGCCCGUAAUCAAUGCCACUCUGUUGAUACCCAAUUUGAAGAAAGUAGAAGAAACAACAGCCAAAGCCUUGGAGUACUUCAAGAGCACCCGACACAUCGUUUUAUAUUACGAAGAUGUAGUUAGGAACCGCACUAAAUUAAGAGAUCUUCAAGACUUUCUGAAGGUUCCACAGAGGGAGUUAAAGAGUCGUCAGGUGAAGAUACACCGAGGUUCAUUGUCGAACCAGAUCGAGAACUGGGAAGAUGUCCAGAAGACGGUACAAGGUAGCCGAUACGAGAGUUUAUUACAUGCAGAUUACCGGAAGUAACGAUAGAAACAUGGGAGAAGCUAGCAGCUGUAUAUAGCAUCAUCAUAUCAUUUUGUGCCAUAAGUACUCACAACCUACAGGAGGAGGAAUAGAGCCAUUCUUCCCCGUUGCAAUUUUGGCUUUAUUUUUAGAGCUUCAUUGUGUCUUGAUUCUCUUCCUUAUUCUUUUAACGUGAGAUCCCACGUCGAUUGGAGAGGAAAACGAAACACCCUUUAAUAGGGUGUAGAAACCUCUACCUAGUAUGCGUGUUUCAAAAAUUUUGAGAGAAAGCCCAAGGAGGACAAUAUUUGCUAACAGUAGACUUCGGCAGUUACGUCUUCUUUUCACUUUUGCAUUCAACAUUGUUAACACAAUUUCUCUC